AUGGAUACAAGUUUGGUCAAGACUGACAACUUAUCGGACCCACCAAAACCUUUAAGAGCGCGCGAACGAUGGAAAGAAGGUUACGUGGAACUGACAUAUCUGUCGCGACAGUGGCAGCCGUUCAGCAAGGACAAGUCAGACCCUCCUUUGUAUUCGACUUGGAUGGCCUCCUCGGAAGUGGACCAAAAGUUUCUGGGUUAUUUUGCAAAAGUCACCACUACCGAGAAUAAUUAUCUUUCUAGUUUUCUAUUUCGCGUUCUCGGCCUUUCUGUGAUUCUUGCUGAGAAACUUCUGCGCGCGCGCCGCGCAAAACGCCUCGACCCUGUUCGGGACCCCAAAGCCCGCCACUUAAUUCACCACAUAUUAUGGCUCGCCCGCGAAGGACUUGUUAUGGUGGAACAAUAUGUACUCCCCAUGGUUGGCCACUACGUGGAACUCAAGGUGUUGAGCUACAAACUCAAGGCCAGCUUCUACCACAUUUUUGUGCUUUUUCAUAAUGAGCCGCCGGUGAAUGAUCGCAUUAAUCGAAGAAGGAGCAACGGCGGUGGGGAUACGAGUUAUACUUUGUUUCCAGAACCACUAAGUCCGAGGGAAUCGAGGGAGGGAAGAGAAAGGCCGAGCAGACAAGCCACAGUCAGGUCUCCUACCGAAGGCGGACGAAGGAGAUCACCAGCCAUCAGCCUCGGAGGUCCCGUGGGCGGCGGCGGUGGGAUGACAGCUACAACACGAACUCCGCCUGGGCUUCCCCUUCCCGCAACAUAUCCUUACUACAACAAUGGCAACGACAACGGCAAUGGCAACGGUACGGCAACGUUCCUCCUCCUUCUCCAAGACUACACCCCCUAUGCAACCCAAGCGUUCCGUGAAGCCGACGAACUCGCCGAGCGCCUUCUUCCUGGAUCUCAUCCGGUUCGCCUGUCGGUCAAGGUCGAAUACGUCGCCUACGUCUACGAUUGUCUACACGAAGCCGAAGCAUCACGGAAGAUGGCGAGGAUGGCAAUUAGGCACGUGUAUGAAGCACAAGAGGGCAUGGAUGAUGAUUCAUUUCAGGAUGCUGCCGAGAUGGUGGGAAUCCUGGGCCGGAUGAUGAAAAGAGGGCUGGGGGGAGGCGGGAGCAGCGGCAGUCAGAUGCAGGGACAAAACGUGAGUGGAGGAGCCAGUGGAAGGAGAGAUGCCCAGCAGCCGUCGACAUGGGUAUAG